AUGGGUAGAAUCACGGAAAUCCUUACGAACCGCUACCAUGAACUUGUAGAUUGGCGAGCAAAAAGCCCUCACAUUCCUUUUGUUCAACGUCUGCGCCAUUUCACUUGGAGUUGGUUUGCUGUUACAAUGGCAACUGGUGGUAUUGGCCUAGUCAUUGGUACGCUUCCCUACAGAUUUUAUGGACUAAACACCAUUGGUAAAAUUGUAUACAUCUUAGAUAUCUUUCUCUUGGCCCUGUUUUGUAGCCUCAUGAUUGCUCGAUUCAUAAUAUACCAUGAUACUUUUAUGGGUUCAUGGAGACAUUUCCAGGAAAAAUUCUUCAUAGCUACUUGUCUGUUAUCCUUUUCAACAUUCAUUGACAUGUUUGCUGUUUAUGCUAAACCGUCCACGGGAGAAUGGAUGGUAUGGGUAAUUCGUAUUUACUAUUACAUUUAUAUCGCCGUUACCUUUUUAUACGGGAUAUUUGCUUACUAUACCGUGUUUCGGGAUCAUGUGUUCACCUUGGAAACCGCUGCUCCUUCUUGGAUUUUACCAAUUUUCCCAUGUAUGAUUGGCGGUGUUAUCGCAGGCGCUGUUCUUACUACGCAGCCGUCGCCUCAAAUGAAAAACAUGGUGAUUGUCGGUAUCAUGUUUCAAGGUCUCGGUUUCUGGGUAUACCUCAUGACUUUUUCUGUCAUGCUGCUUCGUUUGUUCACUGUUGGAUUCCCGGCUGCAAGCGAGAGGCCCGCCAUGUUUAUCCUUACAGGUCCUCCUGGUUUCACAGGUUUGGCCUUAAUUAACUUGGCCCGCGGUGCCGUUGCUACCCGUCCGAAUAUCUUUAGAAGUCCCCACUCGUCAGAAUAUUUUGAGUUUGUUAGUACUUUUUUGGCUAUUUUCAUCUGGGGCCUCGGUGCUUGGAUCUGGUGUCUUUGUUUGGUUACUUUGCUCGCUGGAAUAUUUAGUCAUGCUCCUAUGAAAUUUAGUAAUACUUGGUUUGCUUUGAUUUUCUCAAACGUCGGUUUCGUUAUCUUGACAUGCCGAAUCGGAGAAGAGAUUGAUUCCAAGGCGUUUACACUAUUUGGUCACAUUAUUUCCGUUGCUUUAUGUAUCGUAUGGCUCAUAUUAAUGUAUUUGAUGAUUCGUGCUUUCCUUGUAAACGAUAUCAUGUAUCCAGGGAAAGACGAAGACGCAAAGAAACCAGCUGAGACCAGAACAAUGGCUGUGGAACCGGAAAGGUUUGGAAUUCCCAAGGAUUUAUCUGAGCAUGAGCUGGACCUUGCAUCUGCAAAUCGUCACGCUACAGAAGAUCAUCGUGAUCAAGAGCCUCCUACUGUUGCUACUACUCGGCAAUAA